CAGGAUAUACCUGUGUGGGUGGAUAAAGGUGUUUGACUGGAAGGAGACCGAGGGAGAAGCUGUUUCAUCAUUUCACCCCAGACAGGUUCGAAACCAUAGAACUACGGCCAAGCUGGAAGGUUUAUCAGCAUUUUGAUAUUUGGACACGUGCAACUCGAACCUAAAGUGGCAGUGCUCACUAUAUAGUUGGCGGAACCUGGAAAUAAGAAUCAUCAUUCAGCAUCCUCUGAGGCUCACAGAGCCAUGCGUGUCGUAGGGCAUGAGAGGAUCUUUAGGGCCUCACCCACUAGCCAACCAAAUCGUGACACUAUCAUUAUUGGCAGCAGGAAAGUAGCCAACCAGGGAUCUUUCAAACUGACAGAGAAAUUCGUCAGACUGCUGCUGUUCAGCGCUCUUAUUACUUUCUGUUACGGAGUGAUCUCUAUGCCAUUAUCUUCUAAACUGUUCAGCCGGGUCCUAUUUCACUCCAACUCGGCGGUCCUGCUGACCAAUGAUCAAAAGCAGAGAAACAGCUUGGGAAUCAGCAGCGAGGAGGUGGGGAUAGAGAAUGGGGCAGAAAGUGAGCAGAAGCAUCUCAGGGCAGAGAAGGUAAAGACGAUCAAGAUGGUAAUGGCUGCUGCUGCAGCUGCUGCAGACGUCUUAGUCAAGAUUCAACAAAACCAUGAACAAAUUUGGAGGGAAGCGAAAGAGGCUCUGAAGAUAAUGCCCGAGAAGAUACAAAUAGAUAUUCCCAAAGAAGUUCUCCAAGAUAAAGUACACAACAAUGAGAAUUCCAAAGAGCUGCCUAAUACGGAUGUAGGAAAUGCUGUUAAGACAGUAACCCAAAGACCUGAAUUCCAGCAGAAAGGGGAAAAGACUGAUGAAGAGGGAGUCACAAAUAAAAAUUGAGGAAGUAUGGUGGCCUUAUUUAUUAAUCUCUCCCCACAGUGUCAUGCAAGAUCAAUUUUAUUAAACUUCUUGCUGAACAAGUCAAGCAAA